AACAAACAAAAUUAGCAUCAAAAACGAACGCUUUCUCAAUCCGUUUGGUGAUCCGUUUUUUGAGUGAUUUUGUCCGGUUUUACCAGCUUGAGCCAGCAAAUCAAUCUCUUGAAUGUGCGCGAUGGCGCUGCCAGUAUUAUCGGCCACACCUGGCACGGUUUCUGGUGUCGUGUGGAUGAACCACCGGGAUCAUAUUCUGAACACGUAUCGAGCGAUUUACGAAAGCGGAGAGUACACCGAUUGCAUCCUGGUGCUGGCGGAUGGCGCACUGCAAGCAAACAGCACCGUGCUCGGGAUGGCUUCGGCGUUUCUGGAACGCGUCUUUGCCGGCGCUAGUCUAGCGGCCAGUACCGGGCAGCUCGCAGUCUCGAUCCCGGACGUGACCACCGACGACAUGCAGCAAAUUCUGCUGUUUAUACACACCGGAGAGGUUAACCUGCGGCCCUGCCACUUGUCCAGCUUCGUGGAAGCCUGCUCGCUGCUGGAACUACGCGGUAUCAAAGCCUCCGAUGGUAACAUGAUGGGAUUGGCGAUUAGCGGUUCAAACAUCGUAACACCGCAGCAACAGGCGGACGAGCCACUGAUAGACCUUACGUCCACUGAAGAACCGCAGUGCUUGAGCGAACUAUGGUUUCAGGACAGCGAAACAGAACUGGACACCAACCCUCCAGACCCAGAUCCGGUGCUGCACGACCACGAGUCGCAUAUAACGAGUGCCGAUGAAACGGAGAAAAUUGACAUUGAAAUGAAUGCACUCGCUGGUGCAACGCUGGAAACGAUUGCCAACUAUGAUUUGAUCACAGCACAAGAAAGUCACCACAUGGAAGCGGAAGAGCCUUCUACGGAGGGCAAAGCGAGGCACUCCUCUCUUAAUGAACCGAAGAUAUCCGGAUACGAAGAACGACUUCAAGCGGCCGUCGAUGCUAUAGCGAACGAAAGGCUUAGCUAUCGUAAGGCUGCGCGGGCUUUCAAAAUUCCAACGACUGUACUGUGGCGCCGGGCGCACCAGAUCCUACGGGCUCCGAUAGUAUUCGAACCACCCGCGGUUCGACAGCAGGCCAUGGAAGCGAUAAAAGCGGGAGCAAAGCUUCUCAGAAUCAGCCGCCAGUUCGACAUUCCACUGGCCACGUUGCAUCGUGACAAGCAGCGGCUGUAUGACAAAGGGAUGCUGCCUGCCUCGGUCACCGUACGGCAGCGUAAGGACCGACCAGACGAGGAUCAGCGGUUACUCGAGGCGGCCCAACUUGCACUGAAUGGUACCCUCUCUCUGCGGCAAGCAUCACAGAGCUACUCUCUGUCUAGGACUACGAUCUGGCGCAAGGUGCAAGAGUUGAAGGAUCCGGCUUCCGCCCAAGGAGCCCCGCAACUGUCGAAGAAGAAAAAGAUGCCAAAAAGAAAAGCGAAGAACAACCAACCCAAAGGGUAAUUUUGGAAUGUAGUUUACCAAUGUUGGUAAUCGUGGAUGAGAUCGAAUAAAUCUAU